AUAGCAACAUUAUUAAUAAUACACUUUUCUUUGAUGACCAACUUCUUGUAUAGUGAUUUUGUUACUCUGCGUCAGGAUUGAAACAAAACAAUGCCGCUGUACGAAACUGUGAUGCAGGAGAAGCCACCCGUAGUCUUGGACAUAGGGACCGCCUACACAAAGCUGGGCUUUGCAGCAGAAGCUUAUCCACGUAAAAUUAUACCAUCAGAGGUCAUACUAUCUAGCAAUGGAAAAACUAAAGCUUUGCUGGAUUAUGAAAACAAUACUGAUUUAUAUGAUCAAUUUGUAGACUUUUUGCAAAUGAUAUUUUUCAAGCAUUUGUUGGUCAUACCAAAGGAACGUAAAAUCGUAAUCGUCGAGAAUGUACUCGGUCAAACAAUAAUACGCGAGACACUUGCGCGUGUACUUUUCCGACACUUUGAGGUAUCCUCCAUCAUGUUUGUGCCUUUACAUAUGGCUGCAUUAGCUACGCUUGCUGUCCCAACCGGUAUUGUGGUCGACAUUGGCUAUACCGAGACAACUGUGAUGCCUAUUUAUUCACGCGUACAAAUACUGCAAGCAUUUCAAGAUCAAGCGUAUGGUGGACGCGCCAUACAUGCGGAAAUUAAACGACAGCUUUUGGAAGCAGGCGUUAAUGAGAAGCAUCUAACCGAAUCAAUUUUAGAAGAUAUUAAAGUGCGUACAUGUUUUGUGACAAAUUUUGAACGUGCAAAGGCAUACCGCAAAGGCGAACCACCGGUUGCACCACCCAGCCUGGAGUAUCUAAUUAAUGGCGAAGAGAUCAUUACAAUACCGGGCAUUGUACGUGAAACCGUUUUUGAAAUAAUGUUCGAAGAAAAUAACGAUCGUGAUAGUCUACCACAUUUAAUAUUACGCGCUAUACUCAGUUGUCCAGUGGAUGUACGGCGCGCAUUAAUCGAAAGUAUUUUUGUUGUGGGUGGUAGCGCAAUUAUUAUGGGUCUGCUGUCACGACUGAGAGCCGAAAUGCAGUAUUUAGCGGAAAAAGAUGAUGAGUAUAAGAAGAAAUUGUGUGGCGAUAUAAAAUUCAAAUUUCAUAAAACAAUUGGUCGCGAGAAUUUCACAGCCUGGCUGGGUGGCUCACUUUGUGGCGGCACGGAUCUCAUACAAACGCACUCGCUUACAAAGGAGGCUUAUGUGAAGACUGAUCGUGUGCCUGAUUGGAUCAACUUGUCAGAUAAACGCGCAACGGCAUAACGAAGAAAGUUGUGGAAAAAGUAAA